UAUGAUGCUUUAUCGAGUAAUCCAUUACAUUCAGUUUGCUGCUUUUGCUGUUUCCCAAUGUACCAAUGGACUUUUGUUGUACCUAAUAUGGACAAAGGCUCGGAAAGUUUUAGGUGCCUAUAGCUACCUGAUGCUUGCCUUUUCUCUUUAUGCUAUACUAUACAAUUAUGUCGAUAUUAUAACUCUGCCAUUGGUGGUGAUCGAAAAACAGAUGUACGUGGUAGUCAAUCAUGGACCUAUUCGGAAUGUUCCAAUCUUUGGUUUCCUAUUCACAUGCCUGUUCGGAUCAUCCUUUGGUUUGUGUAUUUCUCUACUUUCUACACAAUUCUUUUAUAGAUAUCUUGCAGUUUGUAGACCAAAGUCUUUGCACUAUUUAGAAGGCCGCCGAUUGGCUUUGAUAUUUAUCCCUGCGAUUUUUGUCUCCGUCAUUUGGUUUUUCUUUUGCUUCUUUGGAUUGGAUAUAACUGUCGAAAAACAAGAAAUGUUGAAAGAACCAUUCAUGGAAUUUUACAACGAGGAUUCAAAUACGAUGUCAUUUGUUAGUGGUCUUUUUUGGAGUCUUGAUGAAAAUGGAACGAAGCAUUGGAAUAUGAAAGAUUGUAUUGGAUCACUCGGUUUAGCUGCGUUGAUGAUUGUUUGCUGUCUUACCAUUGUUUUUUGUGGCGUAAAAACAUACAAAAAGAUGAACGAUUCUGGAAAUUCACUUAGCAACCGGACAAAAGAGCUCAAUAGACAAUUAUUUGUCACAUUGAGUUUGCAGACUCUCCUCCCAUUCAUGCUGAUGUAUGGACCUGUUGGACUUCUGUUCAUCUUCCCGCUGUUUCAAAUUAAAUUUGAUAUUUUGUCAAGCUCAGCAGCCGCCUCAACUGCUAUCUACCCUGCCGUCGAACCAUUAAUCGCAAUUUUUUGCAUCAAAACUUUUAGAAAAGCACUGUGUUUUAAUCAAUGUAUCAGGCAAACUGCGAGAAUAACCAGCACUGCUGCCUCAACCGCAGCAAAAAGCAAUUGAACAUUUUAAAGAAAUGUAUUUUUAGAUGUUUUGGUUGUUUUUUCCAUAAAGAACAUUUGAAAAACAAAUCUGUAUAUUUGAACCAGUCAAAACUUUUGCAAUUUUUUAAUUGUUAAAACGUUAAUUGACAAAAACGUUACUUGAAAAUAAAAAAAUAGAGAGUUUAAAAAUAGUUAGACUUUGUGUUUUGUCUUAUAAUAAAGGUUCGAGAAAACAAA